CUUGUCUUUUCUUUAUUCAGCCAGUGCAACUAGAAAAACAGGCUUUUGUUCUCUGAAGUGCUCAAAGCUACUUGAACAGUAAAAGCGACAGUCGCAAAUCAUUUUUUGGUUGCAUUUACCAUCUUAAACAUCAGGACCUUUUCAUGAAGCAAAGACAAACCAACAAUGAAGCACGAUCGCAUGUGUGGCAGUCGAUGUCUGGGCCCAAUGACUUUCAACGUGGACCUGACAGGACAAUAUGUGACCCUCAGCCAAGGAGGGCGACUCGCGUCCAGAGACACCUCAAACUUUAUGAAUGGUUUGGUGUUUCUUAGCCGAACAGUAAAGGUGGACGAAAAGCUGUGUAUAUGUAUUGAGGACUGCACCUCGUCAUGGGAUGGAGCUCUCCGUGUGGGUUUCACCAACAUCUGCCCACAAAGAAACAAUAUACCACCUGCCUCUAUACCAAACCUCAGGGACACAGAGGGAUACUGCGUUGUGCCAGUGCCAGAGGACUUGUGUAGGCGUGGUGUAGAGCUUCAGUUUUGGAUGAACUAUGCAGGCAUGGUUAUUGUUCAAGAGAAAGGCAGGGAGAAAUAUUACCUGAAAGCAAAAGGACUGAACCUGAAUAAUCCAUUGUGGGUUUUCAUUGAUUUGUAUGGAAACACAAGUGCUGUCCGCCUUCUGGGCUCAAGGAGGGGCAGUCGAACAUCAUGCCCAGUUUGUCCCAUAGACGGUGGCAUCAAGUUGUCGACAAGACAGUUUGAGAGACAAGUGUCAGAGGAAGAGCAUAACCAUAAAACAGACACCAGAAUGGUCCAGAAAACAUCAUCUUACUGGAAACCGAGUCUCUUCCUUGUACAGUAUGCCAACCAGACCACCGUCCCAAGCUCCAAAGAACAUUCAGAUCUCACAAGAGCUGGUUUAGGCAUUCCUGUUCAGGAAUCAAGAGGAAUAGAUCUAAACUGGACUUGGAGAGAGCUGAAUCGCUUCAUUUGCUCCAGAUAUCCCUUGGUCAAUCUGGAUUUGAUUGGUUUCCUUUUUGCGAAGGCUGAUAAACGUGGAAGACUUUGCAGAUUACAUGCAGACACUCUGAAGAAAAUAAAAAAGGAGCUGGGUGACAGCAUACUGUAUAUAAUUCCUGAGACAGACAUUGUUUUAAAUGAGAUGACUGCACACACACUAUCAUCAAUCAUGAAUGCAAAUGCUUUCUCACCAUCACGCUCUCCUCCACCUGUUCCUGUACAAGAGAGGCACCGGUUGACUUCAACCAAUAGUUAUCUUUCAGAUAACUACUCUUCAAUGGAGGACAUGGACGUUAGCUCUUUGCUCAGAGAGUUUCAGCACAUGCAUCUCAGUGCCAGUGAGCACGUUUCAGUAUUGGUUUCUCGUAACAAGUUGCUGCAGAGUGCAAAAGAUGCUCUUUCCAAUUGCAAUUUCCCUUGGACAAAAAUACCUUUUGUGACAUUUGUUGGUGAGCAAGCACUCGACUGUGGAGGUCCACGGAGAGAGUUUUUUAGAAUCCUGAUGAUGGAGGUGCAAAGAUCGCUGGGGAUCUUUGAGGGGCAGUCUGGACACUUGUUCUUCACCUAUGACCAGAUGGCCUUGGAGGAACACAAGUAUGAGUUGGCAGGGAAGCUGAUUGCAUGGUCUGUGGCUCAUGGUGGACCAGGACUCAAAGCUCUUGACCCUUGCCUGUACCAGCUGAUGUGCACCCAAGAAUGUCGACUGGUAGACUUCGACUGGCAACUAAUACCAGAUGCUGACAUUCAGGAAAAACUGAAAAAGAUUUUGUCAUGUAAAACGAUGGACGACCUCCGUAGUCUGCAGAGAGAGCAUGGUGACUGGAUCUGUGACUGUGGAUUCCCUGGAAUAUAUAAACCUGAAGUUUCCAUCCAAGAUGUACCAAAGAUUUACUCCUAUGCAGUUCGACAUUACAUAUAUCUUAGAACAUCCAAUAUGAUUCAUCAGUUCACAAAGGGACUGAAUGCUUAUGGACAGUUUUGGGAUAUGGUAAGAACUCACUGGGUUGAGUUUCUGCCCAUCUUUACCCACAUGCAUGAGCCCCUUUCCAGAAGCACAUUCACAGCCCUGUUCCAAAUCCACUGGAGUAAAGCAGGGACCAAGAAGAGGGCUGCUGAAGAGGAGACUUUACAUUACUGGGAACUGGUGCUUAAGAUGAUCGAGGAUAAAAAACCAAAAGCUCCCCAAAACGAGUUGCAUUUUGAGGAGAUUUUGGCAUUUACAACUGGAGCAGAUGAAGUCCCACCGCUUGGGUUCUCACAGAAGCCAAGCAUUAACUUCUACCAGCCAGAGGAGCAUGGAUGCCGUCUACCAUAUGCUAACACAUGCAUGAUGGGAUUGUUCCUGCCCAGGGUUGUAAAAGAUGAGGUGGAACUUUACAAAAUGCUUCUGAGAGCAAUCCGAGACUCAUCUGAAUUUGGGAGAACAUAAACAUAUGUAAUUCAAUAUUAUAAUGAAAACUUUCACAUCCAUAAUAUAUAAUCAUUAUGUACAGGAUAUUUUUGCAUUAUUUAAAAAAGAAAGCACUUAUGUAUAGUUGUUUGUAUAUGCUGUAUAUUUUUGACAUGUUUUGCACACUAUGCCACAUACAUUUUGUAUAUUUGUAAAAAAAAAAAAAAAAUGUAUUUUUAUUUUCAUACAAAUGUCAGUCAUGCCUCUAAUAAACUGUUAAAAAAAGAAACAAAUUGAGUGUUUAUUUCUCUGGUUUGGUUGGGGAGGAGCGAUUAACAACAGCAAUUCAGCGAAUCAACAGUUUCAUAUGUCAGCUAGGAGUAGAGUAAAACAAUGUCUCGACAAACUGCAGAAUUGGCUACCUGUAAAAAUCAAAAACUUCCUUGUGUAAUAAAUUGUCUUUAUCUUCUGACUUUAUUUUAGUUCACUGCAUACUAACCAGUGUUACAUGUAGGGCUGUUUGUAGAUUAAGGAGAAUACGACCUGUCAAUCAUCAUUCUGUAAACCAGUUUUAACUGACAAACCUAUGCAGUAAAACAUUAUCUACCAUGAGUGCGUUUUCCAAAGAAUCGUUACCCAACAAUGGUCGCAAGGUCCUUUGAAUUGUGUCGGUAGCUAGCCUCUCCUUUGAUAGGGAAAAAAGCGAAACCACCGCUUAAAAA